GCACUUUCACAUGCAAUUUAAGGCUGAUAAUAUCCGAGUAUUUCCAAAUGAAAACGGAAAUGAAAACGUCAACAAACUCUGACUAUUUUUUCAGUUUUAUCAUUUAUAUUGCUGACAACUCGCUUUAAGGUGGUACAGAGUAAUUAAUUGUUAAUCAUGAGUUGGUGGAAUACAUCAAACUUCACAGACUUGGCAUCGAAAGCUCUUAAAAAUGCCCAAAAGAAAAUUGACAGUGCACUUGAAAUAAGUGAAGGGACUGCAGGUCAGGACACCACUGGAGCCUCAGUGCAGAAGGCAGAGUCAAAAAGCAAAGGUGAUUUUUGGGGAACGUGGGGUAUUGGAUCCACAAGUGAUGAUAAUACAGGUGCUGCAGGUGCCUGGUCCUUACCUUGGGGUGCUAGUACAGGUGAAACUGUACCUGGUACUACAUCUGACUCUUUAGUAAAAGUUAAAUCAGCAGAGGAAAUUAAAUCUGAAGUUCUUAAAGCUGCUAAAGAGAGAACAAAAGCAAAAGCAAAGUUAUUUCCGAAGAAAGUUAAACCAGGAUCAGGAAAUGAAAAACUGACUGAGUCAGUAACUGAAGUAAAGACAUCUGCAAGUGUAAAGUUAAAACCACCAGAUACAGGUGACACUGUGGCAAGUAGUGAUCCGGCAAGUAAAGGUACAAAGCAUGAAUCAGAAAUACAAACUACUGAAACAGUUCAGUCUUUUGAGACCCUGGAAGACACUAAAGACAGUACAUUAAAUGUCAUUGACACAAUCAUUGAGGGAAGUCUCACUAAAGAUAACCCUGCCAGUGACAUGGACUUGAUUGUCAAAACUAAAACUGAGGAUCUUACAAUUCACAGUGAAACAUUUUUUAAUAAAAGUGGUUCUAUUGAUAGUAAAAAUGAGGGCGAAAAAGAUCAUUUUCAUACAGAAAAUAGUGCUUUUAAAAAAGUUGAGAGAAAAAAUGUUGAAAUGCCUGAGCAAGAAAAACCUGAAAUCCAAGCAUGUAUGUCAGAAGAGACUACUGUUGUGUCAACAGUAGAUGAAGAGACUGAUGAAAGAUAUAAUAAACAAGAAAAGACUUGUAACACAGAAAGAGGUGAGGGUCAAGUUACUGAACCAGAAGUUGAAGCUGACACUGAUUCUCUGAAACACAGUGAUACAAGUGUUUUAGAAAAUGUUUCUGAGAAAAUUGAAAAAUCUUUAGAAGAGAACAUUGGAGACACAAAUAUCGAUGCUUCUGAUAUAAACUUAAUGCAAGAUUUUUCCUCUGGAGAUAUCUCAAGUUCUGUGGAGUUUGUUACUGACAGAGAUAUUCCUGUUGAUGAAAAUAUCCAUACAUGUGAUGCUGAACAGUCAAGCAGUGAUCCGGAAAUUAUUGAUUGUGAUAAAACAAAUUUUGAUGAAGAAUGUGACUCAGUGAAGAAAGUCUGUGCUGAUACCCCUUCUUAUGAACAAAUUGAAGAAGAACAUCAUGAAAAUCUUCAUACAGGAGAUGAAUUCUCAAAAGAAGAGGGUAAAACUUCAGAGACGUUGGUAACAGAAACUAGUCAAGGAUCUGGUUCAUUUAAUGAAUUAAAAACGGAAUCAGAGUUACCUGAAGAAGGAACCAUUAACCUUAAUGAAAAUUUGCAAACAGAUAAAGUGGAAAGAGUUGAAACUGAUUCUGCUCAACCAGAAGAUUCUAUUAAUAUUUCUUGUGAUGAAUCACUGUUGAUGAUUUUACCCGAGUCAGUAACUCCAGAGGCAGUGAAAUCAUUAAGAAGCUCAGAUUCAGAAUCAAGUGUGAACAAGCUAGAUACAAGCAUGGAAACAUGCACUUCAGAAGAUACUGUUAUAGAAUCUGGCACUGGUCAUGAUGAUUCAAUGAAUGAGAAAUCUGGUUUAGCGUCAAAAAUCCAUGAGAUGAAUGCUGAGCAAAACAUUGACAUUUCUGAAGACAAAGAUGGUGAAAACAUUGCAGAAACCUCAACAGAAAUGUUGGACAUUAAAAGUGAAAGUGAGGAGAAUGACAUGGAUAAAUGUACAAUAUCUCCAGCUCAUUCUUUUGUAAAGUGUAUGUUAGAGGAUGCUAUAGAGGAGGGUAAGCACGGAGAUGAUAAUAGUGAUAGUCAUUCUUCCAUUGAGAAGUCUGAAGGCUCUAGGAGUAUAUACAGUAACCAGGAAUCUGGAGAUGAGAUAGAUACAACCACUUCAUCAGAUAUUGAAAUCAUAUCAAUGCCUACUCCUAAUGGAGAAAAUAGACAGGUUUCACCACUUGAUCCUAUUCCAUUGAGAAUUGCCUUACAGAAGACCAGCUGGCGAGGAAGUCCUACACACAGACGGACAGACAGUUCUGACUCUAGCAAUGCAAGUGGUGCAAACUUUGAACUCAGUCCUGGCAGAGAAAGUUCAGAUUAUGCUGAAUAUCAUAAAGCCGAACAUGUUGAAGGUCACAGUCAUGCACCAGAGUUACCUGCCCUUAGUGAAGAGGAUGACAAUCCGUAUCAUCCACAACGAUUGUUGAAGGAUGAAACUAACACAGAGGAGUCACAUGACAUGAGGUCAGAAGGUCAAAUGUCCCCUGACCCACCUCAGAAAUCAUGUGAUCUUGACCAAAUGUCACAUGAUCCACAAACUCUCGAACAGAAAAUGGGUGAUAUGGCAGAGAUAUUACAGGCUAGAGAGGAGAAGUUGUUAACUCUAAGCAAGGAAAACUGUGAUCUCAUGGAAGCAAACAGUAUCCUUAGAAGCCAGUUACAGCAGGCAGAAGAGGCAAGGGAAGCAGAGAUGACCGAUGUUAAUGAACUGACAGCAGAAUUCACUCAAAGACUUACAGAUGCCGAGAUGAGAGUGUCUAGUGCAAUAAAAGAGAAGGAGGUUAUAAAGAAACAGUUACAAGAUAGCCAGGCAGAGUUAGCUAAGAGAGCAGGUGAUGUUAGUCUGAAGGAAAUACUGGCAGAGAAAGAAGAACAGAUAUCUGAACUCUUACAAGAAGGUGAAAAGUUGUCAAAGUCUCAGCUUCAAAGUAACACAAUUAUAAAGAAAUUACGACAGAAAGAAAAAGAUAAUGAUAGUACCAUUACAAGCCAAAAGAAGAAGAUUGAGACUCAGACAACAGAACUUGAACAUCUUCAUAAAGUUUUAGAAUCCAAAGAAGAUCUGGAGAAAAAACAAAGCGAGGCAAUUGCUCAAUUAACAUCAGCUGUAAAGAAACAAGAACAAGAAAUGGUCAAACUUAAGAGUGAACAUGAGGAUGCUACAGAGAAAGCUAGGGGUUUACAAGUGGCACUGGACAACUCUUACAAAGAAAUGGCGGAGCUACAUCGUAACAGUGCAGCCCAGGACAGCAAGGCCCAUGAAGCAGCCCUUAGUGCAGAGAUGCAAGUUAGGGAGGAACUGAAACGAGAACUGGAGAAACAACAACAACAACACAAGUGGAGUGUUGAAUCUUUAAAUAUGCAGAUAGAUGAUCAUAGAUUAAGUAUGACUAGAAUGGAGAAGGAAUAUAACAGAAGAGAAGAUUUAUUAAAACAAGAGAUUGCUGAUCUACAGAAGCAACUACAGGAAGAUGAAGCUAGGAACCAAGAACUUACUCAAGGUGUUUCUUUAGCCACACGUCCAUUAUUGAGACAGAUAGAGAAUCUACAGUCUACAUAUAAUGCUCAAUCUUCUACCUGGGAGAAAGUGGAGAGAAACAUAUCUGACAGACUUUGUAUUGAAGCUGCCCAGAUAGAAGUUAUGAAACAACAGAUGGGACAAGAAAUACAAGAUUUAAAGAAACAAAAGCUGCUCCUAGAAACACAACUAGAUGUGGAGAAAUCCAAGCUAGAACAGGAGAGGAAGAAAACUGUCAUGUUACAAGACCAGAUUAGAGAUCUGGAGAGAGAUAUAGCUAGAAGUUCGAGUAGAUCACGAGGUACUCCUGUACGAGCUACACCAUCUCCUGUCUCCGUAUCUAGACAAGAUAGUAUGGUCGGAAGUCUACAUGAACAUUCCUUCUCCGCUAUAACACAGGAGGAGUUAGACAGGAGUUUUGUGUUGGCAUCACCUAAUGGGAACAAACAAAGUUUAUAUGAGGCAUUACGACAAAGUGGAGCUGCUAACUUGCUCGAAAAUUUACAAUCACAAUUAAAACUCAGGGAGGGAGAGAUAUCUCAUCUCCAGAAUGAGAUAAGAACUUUAGAGCGUACUCGGGAAUCAAUGGCGAGAGAGUUGGUGGAUCUUAGUAACAAAAAUGACAAUCUCGAGGAGAAAGUGAAAGAUUUACCACUUUUAGAGGAACAAUAUACGGAUUUGGACCAGCGUUAUAAUGCGUUAUUACAGAUGUAUGGAGAGAAGACAGAGGAAGCUGAGGAAUUAAAACUUGAUCUUGUUGAUGUUAAGGAAAUGUAUAAAGCCCAGAUAAAUCAUUUAUUAAGCCAGUCCUGAC